GGUGCCUCCCAGAGCAGAGGGAGGCAGAAGAGGAGGGAGGGAGAAGAGGGGAAGGGAGGGGGAGGCGGCACUUAGGUUGCAGCUCUCCACCCGAGGCAGUCAGUCUCAGCGCUCGGAAAGACCAAGAGAGGUAGCGGAGGGAUAGGAUGCUCUGCGGGGCAGCCUGAGCCAGGGGCUCUUGAAGCAGUUUUGGGGACAGGGACAACUGGACAGCUUUCACCAUGCAUCAGUCCCUGACUCAGCAGCGGUCCAGCGACAUGUCCCUGCCCGAUUCCAUGGGCGCUUUCAAUAGGAGGAAGCGAAACUCCAUCUAUGUCACUGUGACUUUGCUUAUUGUGUCCGUGUUAAUUCUCACGGUGGGCCUCGCUGCAACUACCAGGACCCAGAAUGUGACUGUGGGAGGUUAUUACCCAGGAGUUAUUCUUGGCUUUGGAUCAUUCCUUGGAAUCAUCGGAUCAAACCUCAUUGAGAACAAGCGGCAGAUGCUGGUGGCUUCUAUCGUGUUUAUCAGCUUUGGUGUGAUUGCGGCUUUUUGUUGUGCUAUAGUUGAUGGGGUCUUUGCUGCCAGACACAUCGAUUUGAAACCACUCUAUGCUAACCGGUGCCACUAUGUUCCCAAGACAUCCCAGAGGGAAGCUGAGGAGGUUAUAACUUCUUCAACUAAAAUUGCUCCUUCUACGAGGGCUUUGAAGAACCUUACCCAGGCAGUUAAAGAGGUGAACUGCCCUCAACUUAGCCGCGGACUCUGCACACCUCGCAUCCGAGGCAACACCUGCUUCUGCUGUGACCUCUACAACUGUGGCAGCAGGGUGGAGAUCACUGGUGGGUACUAUGAAUACAUUGAUGUCAGCAGCUGCCAGGACAUCAUCCACCUGUACCACCUCCUCUGGUCGGCCACCAUCCUCAAUAUUGUUGGCCUGUUCCUGGGGAUCAUCACUGCUGCAGUCCUUGGAGGAUUUAAGGAUAUGAACCCUACUCUCCCAUCACUGAACUGCUCUGUUGAAAAUGCCCAUCCGACUGUUUCUUACUAUGCGCGUUCCCAAGUGGCAUCGUACAAUACCUGCUAUCAUAGCCCUCCGCAUCUGCCACCUUACUCUGCUUAUGACUGCCAGAAUUCCAGCGUCUUUCCAUCCUCUCCUCCCUCUGGACUCUCUGAUGAGCCGGAGCCUCAGUCUGCCUCUCCUUCACCCAGCUACAUGUGGUCCUCCAGCGCACCGCCCCGUUAUUCUCCACCCUACUACCCGCCUUUUGAAAAGCCACCACCUUACAGUCCUUAAAGAGGAGUGCCUGUCGGCUAUUCAGAUUAUUGUGGCUUUUGUAUUUCUGCUUUAGUGGAAGUGUGUAGGGUACAACAUCUAAAGUGUGACUCUUAUGCAUCAAGUUUUUCAACAGCUUGGCAGGCUAGGGAAAGAUAGGGAUGAAGCUUAUUCAUUAUCAGCAAAGGGCAGGAUUGGCUGGGCCAGACCCACUACUUCCAAGACAGGAAGUUCACUCUCUAAGCAGGGCUGGGGAGCCAGUCCUGCAAGAUACGUGUCAUGUUCAGAUCUGCAUUUCCUGAUGCUCCACCUUUCUACAGUACAAGUGGCGCCAUCGGUUUCACUUUAUGUGAAGGACUGUUGUCCUCAGGCCCUUGGCAGAUGGCUACGAUAGCACCUUGGUUGGAUCACCUGGUCUAUAGGCUCUAUCUUCUCUAUCAUUAAUGUCACCAUUAGGAUAAUUUCCUAGCUGACUGGGCUACACAGUAGUCCCAAUACAGAAAGUUCUGGCUAAGAUUUUUGCUUGCAUCUGUCUGGAUAUUGAAAAAAGCUGCCCAUAUCUUUACUCUGGUCUUCUGAGUCUUGUAAAAAUGGCUGUUGUGAUCAUUCAGCUUAGCUUUUGUUACUGGUACCUCCUAAGGGGAAAAGUGCAAUAGUCCCUCAUCUUGCGUGGUGGGAGAACGGGACUGGCUGAUCCAAAGGCACUGAAAUACAGAGCAACAUGUGUGCUGUUUUCAGUAGCUCUCAGUAUACAUCUGACAACUUAGGAGACAGUGUUCCUACUAUAUGUUGCAUUACUACAAAACACAUUUGCUACUGGAGAUUUAAAUCUCACAGUUGAAAUUCAGAGUUUAAAACUGCUAGAUUAGAUUGGGUCAUGGUAUGAAUUGUUACUUAUCUUUGUGACUAUUUAAUCUUCAGAUAUUAUUGUGCUUUAACCCAGCAAACCGCACGAUCCUGCACCUUAUCCCCUGAAAACUCAUCUGUACUUUAACGUCACUGCUCUUAUUGGUCCCUCUUUUUUGUUGAGAUCAAUUGUGACAACAUUCAAUUCAGGAUUAUGAAAGUGUUACAAUGCCAUUUCAAGUCUCCAAGACCUAAAAUAUAGCCAACUAGACAAAUUCUGCAGUGUUACACAUUUAAAAUCCAUCUGGCACAUUGCGGUAGUUACAUGGUUGUUUUU